AACGAGCGUGGGCGCAGAAGAAAGAGAAAGACAAAGAGUUGGCCCAUGCGAGCAGCGUGUGGACUGAGUGCAGCUGUUUCGUUCAGAGCAGAGCCCAACAUGUGAGAAGAUGUCUGUUGGAGGUUGUGCUUGUCCCGGCUGUUCGUCAAAGUCAUUCAAGCUGUACUCUCCUAAGGAGCCCCCCAACGGCGGCAGCUUUCCCCCCUUCCACCCAGGCGCUAUGCUGGACAGAGAUGUGGGGCCUACACCCAUGUACCCCCCAUCAUACAUGGAACCUGGAAUGGGGAGACCCACACCGUACGGGAACCAGACGGACUACAGGAUAUAUGAGCUGAACAAAAGGCUACAGAACUGGACCGAGGACUGUGACAAUCUCUGGUGGGAUGCCUUCACCACAGAGUUUUUUGAGGAUGACGCCAUGCUCACCAUCACUUUCUGCCUGGAAGACGGACCUAAACGAUACACCAUCGGCAGGACGUUGAUUCCACGCUACUUUCGAAGUAUUUUUGAAGGGGGCGCCACUGAGCUGUUCUAUGUUUUGAAGCAUCCAAAGGAGUCCUUCCACAGUAACUUUGUGUCUCUCGACUGCGACCAGUGCACCAUGGUGACCCAGAACGGCAAACCUAUGUUCACACAGGUUUGUGUGGAGGGCCGUCUGUACCUAGAGUUCAUGUUUGAUGAUAUGAUGAGGAUCAAGACGUGGCACUUCAGCAUCAGACAACACAGAGAGGUCCUACCAAGGAGCAUUUUGGCUAUGCAUGAUCCCCAGAUGCUCGAUCAGCUGGCUAAAAAUAUCACCAGAUGUGGGCUGUCCAACUCCACACUCAACUACCUCCGUCUAUGUGUGAUAUUGGAGCCCAUGCAAGAGUUGAUGUCCAGGCAUAAGACCUAUAGCUUGAGCCCCAGAGACUGCCUGAAGACCUGCCUCUUCCAAAAGUGGCAAAGAAUGGUAGCCCCUCCAGCUGAACCAGCCAGACAAGCUCCAAACAAGCGACGGAAAAGGAAGGUGUCUGGUGGAAGCACAGUGAGCUCCGGCGGAGCCAACAACAACAACAGCAACAGCAAAAAGAAGAGUCCAGCCAACAGCUUUUCACUCUCCAGCCAGGUACCUGACCUGGUUGGAACAAAAACCUGUACAGUGCCGGAGCUUGAGGACCGGAGUUGAGAACCACUACGCUAAAUCUUAAACACACACACACACACACACACACAACACACACAGACACGCAGACACACAUGCAUACACACACACACACACACACACACACACACACACACACACACCUACACCUACAGCAUAAAACAUUGAGGUACUGGAGAGAGAUGGUACGCAGCAUGUCUGGACCAGAGCACCAGACGCUACAGAAGUGUGUUUUCAUUUUCUAUGUUUUAGACUUGUUUUGAAUUUUUUUUUUUUUUUUUUUUUAAUUUUUGUAAACAAUUUCUUAAAAAUAAACAGACAAGCAAGCAAACAAAAACACCCCAGAAUAUUCUUUGCACUGUUUUCCACUGUUAACUCCAAUCUAUUUUUCUUAUGAAUUGACGGUGUAUUUUUUUUCUUUUCUAUUAUUGCUAAUGUAAGAACUGUAAAACAUCUGAAACCUGCAGUAUAUUAAUGUAUAAGUAUUGCUGUUAGAUCAUUCUUAUUGUGAUGGUAAUAACUUUCAUGUAAGUCUAUGCUCGAUAUGUCAUCCAUCUGUGUCAGACAUCACACUUUCAUCAGGUCCAGUGGCUUCAGUGCUAGAAAACAGGCCGGGGAGAGAGAGGCUAGUGUUUUAAUACUGUACUACAUCUUGUUAGAUGCGAGUCCAAUGCAGCACACUGGAGUUUCCCCACUAAAUUUCCAUCAAGCGCCUGGUUUGGAACUGUUGUCUCGUCAUUGCAGAACUGUUUGCUUUGUCUCAAAAUCUCUAACUGGGGAUCCUCUCUUCAGAGAACAUAAUGACAGAAAACUUCUCAAAUUUGCUACUCAAAUAUUUUAAAAACAAGUUUUGACAGGAUUGUAAAAUAAGAAAAAAAGACUUUUGUAUUAACUUAAGUUUCCCAGAAAUGUUUUUAAUCACAAGUAAGAAAGCUGCAGACCAAGGAGCUACAUGUAAAGAUUCUUUAGAUAUUGAUUACACUGCGCUGUUUUAUGUUUUAUGAAGAAUCAUUUUGUUGGCUUUACUCCUCAUGUUUGUGUCUGUGCUUGUAUAUUUUUAGCUAGUAAUUUCUGUAAAAGUUAUUCUAUGUAUUCCUCCCUAGAACUAUGAGAAACUCAAUCUAAUGUAAAGAGAUGAAAAACCUCUUAAAAGUUUUUUUAAACGUGAUUUUUAAUGGUACAAUCACUGAUAAAAGAAUUUUGCCCUCAUUUUAGCAAACUGUAUUUAUUUUUCUAUGUACUGACAUUCUGUUUAGGUCCAUCCCACCUGUACAAUACUCAUGUUAAUAUAUGGAGGAGUUUGUGGGGCUGCUGAGUCAGUUAAUGCUAAUAGAGGUCAUUCAGUUACUUUUCUUCUUUGACAUGCGGCUCCCAGGUCAUCCUGACCUGUUUAUUACAAUGAUUCAGUAUGUUCACAGUAAAGAGAUAUUUAAUAGCCAUUUUCUGCUGUUUUAGGUUUCUGGUCUAUCUGAAAACUUGUCAGAUGCACUGAAAACCAAUAAAUAACCACAUUUAGAGAAAACGUUAA